UGGUCUUGUGUAUGCUUGUACAGUGGAGUAGAUUUCAGGUUGGCUUUAAAAGCUAAUGAAUUGUAAAAUAAUUAUUACUGACCUUUUUGAUACCACAAUAGCACCUAGGUGCCUGGAACCCUCUUGUGCUGUACAAAUACAUAGUAAGAGACAGUCCCAGCCCUGAUGAGUUUGCAAUCUAAAUAGACAGGAGAGAUCUAGGGUGGGAGAAAGAAGGGGAUGGGGAUUUAGGGCACAGAGAGAAGUGAUUUUCCCAAGGUCCCACAGGGAGAGUCUGUGCCAGAACUGGAAUCAGCACCCAGGAACUCCUUUCUCCUGGUUCUGUGCUCAUCCCAGUCCAGUUUCAAAAGCAAGAGGAAAUUUCUUUUGUUUGUCACCGCAUUUAUGCUGGGGCAGGGGCGUAAAAGAGACUGUUCCUGGUAUGAUUGUAAUGUGCAGCUCUUUCUGGAGAUGCUCCCAUAUGCUCCAGCAUCCCGCUUGGAAUUUCCAGUUGCUAUAGUAACAGAAUGCAUUUUGUUAAAUAUCACACCAUUGAAUUGUUUUGUUGUUCACUGUCAAGGAAACUGGCACUUUUCUCUGAUUUUCUGGGCAUGGGGUGAAAUGGAAGCAAAGGGGAGAGGAAAAUGAAAGUUCUGAUUCUCCUUUCUGAUUCUUUGUCUUUUACCCCAGUGUAACUCCAUAAAGUCAGUGGAAUUACUCCUGGUCUGCACCUGUGUGCAAGAGGAGAACCAGGUUCUGAUUCUCUGAUCCAUGUCAUGUUGAGAUGCAAAUUUCUUUACUGGGGGCAAUGAUUUCAUUUUUGAUCCUCAAGAGCAAAAAACAAAAACCAUUUACAUGAUUUGGAGCCUUGCUCAUUGUUAGCCCAUGUCGUCAGACACUCUUAACACUGGUACCCCAUCCUCCCUCCUCGCUUUCCUCCUACUCUUUUCACCCUGUUUCAAAUUAGACCGUAAUCUCUUUGGGACUGGGACAAUGUCUCCAUAUGUGAUUGUCCAACUCAGAGCAUGGCAGGGCUCAGCUCUGAUCUGAUUUGGGGCCCUUGGGGGCUGCUGCGAUAGAAAUAAGGGGUCAGAUUCUCCAGAUGAUGUAAAUCAGCAUAUUUCCAUUGAAGUUACACAAGCUAGGAUCUGACCCAAAAAUAUUGAGCUCCACUGAAUUCAAUGUGAAAUUACCCCCAGGGUGAAUUUUGGCCCUGCAACUUUCCAGCUGUUGUUGAAGGUGCAAGAUGGAAAUUGGGCUAAAUUCUUCACUGGUGGAACUUCACUGAACUCAGCUCAAUGGAGUGACAUUAGGGAUGGCUUUGGCCAUAUAAGCUGUGUUUAGCCUGAAGUUCACCAAGGGGAAGACGGUCGGCUGUUUGGACAUCUCCACAGCCACAUUUCUCUUUGACAGCACUUACCUUCACAACGAAUUUUCACUUCCCGCAGAGACGACAUGGAAGGCGUAGAGAGGGAAGAGAAAAUCCUUCCGAGGUUUGAAAGAAUGAAUAAGCUCCUCUCAUGGGCAAAGCAAAAAACUGUUGCAGGGAAGGCAGAGCUGGGAACUUACACAGAGAGACAAAAUGGUACAGGAAUGAGGAAAAACUACAGCACCCAUUACUAGAGCUGGACCUGAACCAGAGCAAAGGAGUCAAACACACCAAGACCUAGCUGGAACUGAGAUCAGGACCCAGAAGCAAAUUUCCAAGCUCUUCCAUCCCUAUUAUGGGCUGAACCAACUAUGAGACUUGGGAAAUUUCCCACCUGGUUGCCAACCCUACAGCUCAGGUCUAGCUGUCCUGCUGAAAACUCCUUCAAUUCCCCCCAGACAGGCAUCCCAUUGUGAUGUCACCUAAAGUGAAUAGAUUGUGUGAGGUCACAUGCAGAUGAUGAGGAAUAUUGUGGUCACCUCUAGGCAGAGGGAAUUGUUGCCUUUAGCUAGAAUAUGGUGUGGGGAGGUUGCCCCUCGGUAUCUGCCGCAGCCUCGCCUCUUUGAUCAUGAACAAGGAGCAUCAAGUUAGAAUGGGAUUAAAAUGCUGUUCCUUACCCUCUGGCUUCUAACUGCCCUAAUGAGGAGCACACAUACAGAAUGUGGCCUCAGACCCUCUUACAAACCAUCCACGCUGAAAGAGUCAAAGACCGUAGGAGGCAUGGGUGCCACGUCCGGUGAGUUCCCCUGGCAAGUGAGCAUCCAGACCAAAGAGAAGCAUUUUUGCAGCGGGUCGAUUAUAAGCAGCUGGUGGAUUUUAUCCGCGGCACAUUGUUUCACAAAUGAACUUCCACCAGAUCUUUACAUAGCCUUCGGGGCAGCCGACUUGGAAAGCCACCAAGUAGAGAAGAAAAAGCUGGACAGGCUGAUUCUGCAUGAGCACUUCGAUAGCACGAACAUGGACAACGACGUAGCCUUGAUCCUGCUCGGCUCACCGAUAGAGUUCAGUGAACAGAAACUGCCCAUCUGCUUGCCCUUCAUUCGUGACCUUCAGACGUGGAAGGGCUGCUGGGUUGCUGGUUGGGGAGCCACGGUUGCAGGGGACAAGACGACAUUAACGAAGAGGCUAAAGAAAAUGGAGAUGAAGCUGAUCAGCAAGAAGCAGUGCUCCGAGUGGGUCCCGGAGCUAACGGAGAACACACUGUGUGCUGGCUCCGCGGAAGGAGGGAAGGAUGCCUGCCAGGGAGACCACGGGGGACCUUUGGUUUGCACCUAUGGAGACGUCAAGAAGUGGUUCGCACUUGGCAUAGUCAGCUGGGGAGAAGGCUGCGGGGAAAAACAGCAUCCCGGAAUGUACACCUUCAUUUUCAACUACUUGGAGUGGAUCCAGGCAGAGACAGCCAGGGAAGGGAAGCCUUUUAUCCCCGAAGGGCUGGAUAACAUCACAAUUUCCAAGCGGCUUCGCUCCGGCGCUAGGAAGCAGCCUGCAUCUCCUGCUUCUUCGCUCCUUUUGUUUUUCUAUUUUACUAUUUUGCUAGUGAUGAUUUUCAAAUCAUACUAAAAAUCAAUUUCACCAUC